UGUAAACAAAAAUAAAUUAAAAUCAAUUUGAAACUUCCUUAUCAUUUAAAUUUCGUAGAGUUCGUUCGCCUUAUUAUUAUCCGAGCGAGGGGGCGGCCCACGGUAUAGGGGCCUCAUGCGGCAUUAAAAGACGCGCUCUCGACGCGAAAUGACCCUUUACGUGGAGAUGUUCGUUUUCGGGGCCCUUUUAGGGCUGCCCUUCCUCUACGAAACCCGGCCGGCUUUCGGUUACUGCCUCAAGUUUUUCCUCUACAGUGCCGUCGUGAUGAUCAACUCGGUUAUAUUAAUACCCGUGUUUUGUUUCAGAGCUAAAAGUGUGAAAAAUUUGAUUUUAGCUUCAUAUUUCUGUCGCUGGAUCACUCACAUGAUAGGAGUCAAAUGGGAACUUCGGAAUGGCGAACGUUUGGUACCGCAAAAGUCUUGCAUUAUCGUGUCCAACCAUCAGAGUACUUUGGAUAUUUUAGGUAUAUUCCAAAUUUGGCCCACAAUGGGCAAAUGCAGCGUGAUAGCGAAAAAGGCCGUUUUCUGGGUCUGGCCUUUCGGCCUCGCCGCCUGGUUAGCCGGACUAACUUUUAUCAACAAGAACAAGGCCAACGAGGCUAAGGCUCGUAUCAACGAGGCUGUGGAGAAAGUUGCCAGAGAAAAUACUAAAUUGUGGAUAUUUCCGGAAGGCACCAGAAGAAACACAGGGGAAAUUCAUCCUUUUAAAAAAGGGGCCUUCCAUGCAGCCAUAACUGCUCAGCUACCAGUGAUGCCUGUAGUUUUUAGCACUUAUUAUUUUUUGGACAGCCCCAACAAAAGAUUCGAUCAAGGUACUGUGAUCAUUGAAGUUUUGGAACCGAUAAGUACGAAAGGCCUGAGCCCAGAUGACGUUGACGACUUGGCAGAGAAAGUGAGGCACAAAAUGAGCGAAGCCCUGAAACGACUAAAUCAGGAGACGAAAUCCCAUUUUCAGCCAUCUGAUAAUUUAUUGAUAUAGAGCCGAAAUAAUUAUGUGGAUAGAGGCAACAUUUAACAUUUUUGUUGCUAUUUUUGAUGGAAACUUGACCAAAGAAAAUAACAUAGAAGUGACCAAACUCACCUAAUUGUUUCCUGUUGUAACGCACAUUCACAAAAUACUGAUGAAAAAUUACACUCUUGUUUAGAAAAAAAUGUUGUACCUACCUCACAUAUCGGGAAAGUAAACUUUACAUGACUUUUUCUGACCUUAUUACUAUGUGUAUGUAUAUUGUACCAUUAUUAUGUAACCAUCUUUACAUCAACAAAAAGUUUGUUGAAAAUUGACUUUUUUUAAAAUCAAUCGUAAAAUUAAAAAUUUCCAUACAAAAAUUAAUCGAUCUCUUGUGGCCUAAAUCACUGGCCUAGGUAUAAUUGUUAGUUUCAAUUUGAAAUUCUACACCAAAGUUUUUUCACCAAAUUGUUAAUUAUUAUUUUUCAGAAUUUUAGCAAAAAUUUAUAUUAGUUUUUAAGAUUAAUGCCAUCAUAUUAUUUUUCCUUUUGUUUUAAGCUAGUCAAUUAAUUAUUGUGAUUUUUUUUGUGUUCUUUGCAAAUCUGACAAACCAGUUAAGAGAUUUUUUUAUGUAAUUUGCAUAAUUUUUUUAUAGUGCCAUGCCAUACCUAUUAUAAAACUUUGUGAUUACAUUUCAGGUGGGCAGCUUGUAUGCAAAACUUUUAAUUUUAAUUAUAUUUUUAACUUUAUUUUAUUGAAAAUAUGGGCAUUUAAUAGUAGUUUAAUUUGUACUAUUGUGGCUUUUUAGAGUGAACUAUACCUAUGUAUUAUUUAUGUAUUUGAUAGUUUAUUGAUAUUUUUUUCUUUAUUAAUAAAUUUAAAUUUGCUCAA